AUGGACGCGUUCGUGUCGCGCAAGAGGAAGUGGGAUGAGGGGCCGCCCAAGUCAGUGGCGAGUAUGAGCACGCGGCCUUCAGAGGCUAAAGACCCAGAAGAAGAGUCUACCGAUUUCAAGUUGGCCUUGCUGGCAUCUUUGCAUCCUACAGUUGAUGAAGGGACUCUGCUUGAAGCAUUGCUCGCUGCUGACGGGGCCGUUGAACAAGCCUCGGAGUGUCUAUCGCGACCUCAAGUUACGUCCCCACGCAAGCGACCCGCAUCAUCGACAGUGGGAUAUCAAUCGUCACUGAGCUCGUAUCGCAUUGCUCCCGCCAACGGCACGUUGAUCAAGAAGCCACUUGUGAGAAAGGGAAAAACACUAUUUCUCUAUAGCCCAGAAGACAUCGAAGCACAUACGCCUUGUUCAAUCAUACAUAAUUUCCUUCCAGUAGAGCAAGCGGAUGCACUGCUGUCACAAUUACUGGACGCCUCGUCGACCUACGACAGGUACGAGUUCAAGCUGUUCGACAGAGUUGUUGUAAGCCCACACACGUACUCUUUCUACGUCAACAGCUUAGAAGAGGCGGAACGACAAAAGACGGAAUACAUCUACAACGGUGGCCAGAUCGAGGAUGUCCGACAAAGCCUACCAGAAAUGCUCAACGCAUGCCCCCAAGUCGAAGACGCCGUCAACCGCGAAAUCCGCCGCAGAAUCCGCGACUUCUACCCCAACGGCAAGAAACUCAGAUACCAAUCCCCUCACCCCUGGAAAGCCAACACGGCCUUCGUCAACUGCUACGACGGACCACAAGAAAGCGUCGGAUACCACGCCGACCAACUCACCUACCUCGGUCCACGAGCUGUCACCGGCAGUCUAAGCCUCGGAGUCGCACGCGAAUUCCGGGUCCGCAAGACCGUCGCCGAAGACGACGAGCACCGAAAAGACGACGGUUCUCUCGCGGACGCCCAGGGCCAAAUCAGCAUUCAUUUACCACACAACUCGCUCUUGGUCAUGCAUGCUGAGAUGCAAGAAGAAUGGAAGCACUCGAUCGCGCCGGCCCAAGCUAUCGAUCCUCAUCCGCUGGCGAAGAACAAGCGACUUAAUAUUACGUAUCGGUUCUAUAAGGAUAGUCUUCAUCCGAGGUUUACGCCGAAAUGCAAGUGUGGUGUUCCGACUGUGUUGAGUAUCCUCACGGGCUAUCUCUGGGGUUGUCUUCUGAUAACUCUGUUUCUCUUCACGUACUUCGCCAUCAGCUUCUGCGCCUGGGUGCUCUCGGCAGUUUUGGCUUCGAUCGAUACGGUUGUUGACUUCGUAUGGGCGUACUGCGACUCUUCGGAUGCUAGUACCGAUGUCGAGAUGAGCGGCGACUUCUGGCUGGAGAAAUACACGACUGAGAACUUGGAGCAACUCGCCAGACCAGAUGAGAUCACCAGGCUCAAAUGCACAUUACACGACUACGACACCGCCCUCCAAGACGCACACCCAGCCAACGAGACACCCAUACCACACCUGUCCAACACCCUCACGAACUUCCCUAACCUCCCCGAGAAAUCCCCUACACUCCCGGCGCUUUCUUAA